AUGUCUCAUAGGUCAAACAGUCAUAGGUACGGUAGAAAAGGGUUACACGUUGGUAGAGCCCAACGUGGUAACUCUCAAGUACAUUCAAAAGCAAAAAAACCACAUGAGAAACGCUAUAGAAAGUACUAUCAUAAGCAGCCAUCUAGACGUUAUGCUUAUGUGGAAGAGCCAGAUAGUGAUGUUGAAGAAAGCGAUGAGACUGAAAUGGAGUAUGAAGAAGAUCCACAUGGUGUUUAUUACGACGACGACGAAAAGGAGGAGGACGAGCUGGACGAUAGUUCAAGUGAAAGUGCAUCGAGUAAUGAAGAUGAGGAAGUUUACGAAUUCCAGCUUGAACCAGUUGAAGAAGAAGAAGAAGAAAAUCUCUCUGAUGUCAACGAGAUUAUUAUUGACUCCGAUGGAAAUGAGUACAUUGCUGAGGCUGUUGUUGGCGAUGACUUGUUGGACUUUUUGACUGUAGAUUCAGAAAUUCACGAUUUAAAUGAUGAGAUUGUUGAAUUUUAUGGUAUCCAAGAUGCAACAAGUGACAGUGAAUCUGAAUCAAGCUCUGGGGAUAAUGAUGAUGAUGACGAUACUUCUUCCUCCGAAGAUGAUGCUCAAAUAUUGGUGCGUCUUAUCCGUGCCGACUCCGAAAAUGACUCUAGCAGCUCAUCAAGUGAUUCCAGCGACUCUGAAUCAUCAAGUAACUCCAGUGAAUCAGAAGAGUCUGAUGAUGAAGAGGAGGAGGAGGAGGAGAUAAUUGUCAGUCCAAAGGCUGCUGAACAGUUGUUACUUGAAGCUAUUAGACAAGAUUUUGAGGCUGACUUGGUUAGUUUGGACGAAUAUGAUUCAGAUGAAGAUUCAGACUUGGGUUCAGAGCCAGAAUUUAUUGAAAUUGAUAGUGAGGAAGAUGAGUUUUCUAGUGAUAGUGAUGAAGAGGUUGCUAUUUAUGAGAAUGCGUUAAUUUGUGGGGGUGAUGAAGAUGAAGAUGAAGAUGAAGAUGAAGAUGAAGAAGAAGACGAAUUUUCGGUCAUUGAUUUAACCGACGACGUAGCAAACAGUGCUGAUUAUAAUUUGGAAAAAAUUGACCCAAAUACAUACAAGUUGAAUGUCAGAUUUCCAUCAUUGGUAAAAGAAGAAUUGAAAAUUGAAUAUUUAAAGAAUGAAAAUGAGAUUGUUAUAAAGGGAACGAUGAAUUUUAAUGAUUCUGCAGAAACUGAUGACGAAGAUGAUGGCUGCUUGAUAGAGUUGACCCCUGCUGAAUUCGCAGAGUAUUCACUAAUGGAUGAAGAAGAUGAAGAAGAUGCCGAUUUCGAAGAAGGAGACGUGGAAAAUGUUUCAGAAGAAGAGUAUUCGGGAGAUGAAGACUCUUUAAUAGAAGUUCUCAAAGAAGGCGCCAGGGUUGCAAAAGCAAAGCGUGACAAAAUUGCGCGCGAAAUUUUAGAGAACGAGGAGGACUAUAAUGAAGAAUCAGAUGAAGACUACCAAGUUGGAAGUGAUGCAGAUGAUACUGCUGAGCUUGAAUGGUCCGGGUUUGAAGAAGAAGAAGAGGAUGAGGAUGAGGAAAGUGAAGAUGAAUUGAGAGACGAUUUGCUUCGGGCAGAAGCAUCUGAUGAUGACGAGGAAGUUCAAGAAGAUGCAGAGACCUUAAUAAAUGAGUACAAAAAUAGAGAAAUCCAUUUUGAGAAGCAUUUCCAAUUUGAUGAAUUAAUCAAGUUUGAUCAAAUAAAGGCAAGAUUUGUUGGAGAAGAUGAUUUGGAAUUAAUAAUACCAAGUGAAAAUAAAGCAGCCAUAGAGGGGAAAAACAGCAAUUCGUAUACAAUCAAAGUUGAACAACAAGAAGAUGAGGAUAAGGACAGCAGUACAACAGAAGAAAUUGAUAUUCAAUACUAUCGAGCGGAGCGAGAUAGUGGAGCACACUAA